UCAACUAUUCUUCUCUUUGCCAGCACUGCCCUCACUGCAGUAGCUGCCCCAAGCCAAUCCGAUAUCGCGUCCGUCGCUACCGCGCUUUCAGUAACCCCUGCUGAUAUUGAAAAUCUGGAAAGGGUGGAUAGCCUCGCCAACUUCGAUCUAGCGCUUUGGACUCAUUGGUUCCCAGAGGCCAAUACUACAAACUACUCUACCUGGGAUGAUGAGAUUAAGCUUCAAUUUCUUAAAAGCACCAAGCAAGGAAUUAAGGCUGCUUUGACUCCCGAACAAGCUGGGAAGAUUUCCAAGCGCAUUCCAGGAACGCAGAGUCCUGCUGCUCGCGCUCAGGUCUCC